AUGGAAUCCAACGGCCUCAUCCUACACCUCAGCGCCGACAACACAUACAACAGCACCCUCCACCCCCCAUCGUCGCCCGACCAACCUCUCUACACCAUCGCCUCCCACCCCGGCAUCGACCCCGGAUCUACGGCUUUUACCGCUGUCACGAAAGGAGCGGGCGGGGAGGAGCUGGCGCGGUGGAUAUGGCGCGCGCGGUGGAGGGGCGAUUUGCUCGCGUAUAAGGGGGGGAAGGCGGGUAAGGCGACGGGCUGGGGUGGUGAGGGGGUGGAGGUGGAAGGUGGAGGGCGGACGAGGAGAGCGGGGGGCUGGAUCUCUUCGCCAGCAAAGACGCGCUUCCACUCGCGCGCUUCGUGA